CGGAGGGGGCCCAGGGCACGGCCGCGACCAUGGACGGCUACUGCGGGUCGGAGGGCCCGGCGGGGCCGACGUGGCACCGGGGCGGCCCGACUCCCUGCUUCUUCUUCACCCUGGAGCCCGCCCUGCUGCUGGGCCUGGCGGGCCUGGCCGCCGUCCAGCACAUAGCCCGGCCGGCCGAUCCCCGCCCGCGCCCGGGCCCGCUGCAGCUGCUGCUGGCCACCUCGCAGGCCGCCCUGCCCUUGGCCGGCCUGGCCGCCCGGCCGGCCUCCGGGGCCCCGCUGCCCGGCUUCGCCACCCUGGGGGCCGUCCUGGAGGCGGCGGCCGGGGCCGGGGGGCUGGGGGUGCUGCUCCUGGAGCGGGGCCGGGCCCGGCGGGGGGCCCGGCCCCCCGGGCACGGCCCCGGCCUGCUGCUGCUCUGGGCCGCCGCCUUCGCCGGGGAGAACCUGGCCCUGCUGGGCUGGAACAGCCCGCUGUGGUGGUGGGGCCGGAGGGACCCCCUGCAGAAGGUCCAGUUUGGGCUAUGGAUUAUGCGCUACCUGAUCUCCGGGGGUCUGUUGGCGCUGGGGCUCUGGGCCCCCUGGCUCCCCGCCGUCCACUACACCCUCCAGGUCAACGGCGACGACGGGGACGUGGAAAGGAGGCAGCCGCCGCCGCCACCGGAGGAGAAGGAGGAGGAGGAGAACCGAGGCCCGAGGUCGACAUGGCGGGACUUGGGCCGCAAGCUGCGCCUACUGAGCGGCUACCUGUGGCCGCGGGGGAGCCCGGGCCUGCAGCUGGUGGUGCUGCUCUGCCUGACCCUCAUGGGCCUGGAGCGCGGGCUCAACGUCCUCGUGCCCCUCUGCUACCGGGACAUCGUGAACGAUCUGACGGCGGGCACGGCGUGGCCUUCCCUGGCCCAGACGGUGGGCAUCUACGUCCUGCUCAAGUUCCUCCAGGGCGGCGGCACCGGCAGCACGGGCUUCGUGAGCAACCUGCGCACGUUCCUGUGGAUCCGGGUGCAGCAGUGGACGUCGCGGCGGGUGGAGGUGCAGCUGUUCAGCCACCUGCACAGCCUGGCCCUGCGCUGGCACCUGGGCCGGCGCACGGGGGAAGUCCUGCGCAGCGUGGACAGGGGCACCGCCAGCAUCAACGGCCUGCUGAGCUACCUGGUGUUCAACAUCGUCCCCACCCUGGCGGACAUAGUCAUCGGCAUCGUCUACUUCAGCAUGUUCUUCAACGCCUGGUUCGGCCUCAUCGUCUUCCUGUGCAUGACGCUCUACCUCACGCUGACCAUCGUGGUGACCGAGUGGAGAACCCAAUUCCGGCGGGCCAUGAACACGCAGGAGAACGCCACGCGGGCCAGGGCCGUGGACUCCCUGCUCAACUUCGAGACCGUGAAGUACUACAACGCGGAGAGCUACGAGGUGGAACGCUACCGCGAGGCCGUCCUCAAGUACCAGGGGCUGGAGUGGAAGUCGAGCGCGUCGCUGGUGCUCCUCAACCAGACCCAGAACCUGGUGAUCGGGCUGGGCCUACUGGCCGGCUCCCUGCUCUGCGCCUACUUCGUCAGCGACAAGCAGCUGCAGGUGGGGGAUUUUGUGCUGUUUGGGACGUACAUCAUCCAACUCUACGCCCCCCUCAACUGGUUCGGCACCUACUACAGGAUGAUCCAGACCAACUUCAUCGACAUGGAGAACAUGUUUGACCUGCUGAAAGAGCAGCCCGAGGUGCAGGACGCCCCCGGAGCCGGCCCCCUGCUCUUCAAGAGAGGCCUGAUCGAGUUCCAGAACGUCCACUUUGGCUACACGGAAGGCCGAGAAACCCUGCAGGACAUCUCCUUCUCUGUGAUGCCGGGACAGACGCUGGCCCUGGUGGGGCCGUCGGGCGCGGGAAAGAGCUCGGUGCUGCGGCUGCUGUUCCGCUUCUACGACGUGGGUUCGGGCUGCAUCCGCGUGGACGGCCAGGACAUCGCCCAGGUGACCCAGGCGUCCCUACGCUCCCACAUCGGGGUGGUGCCCCAGGACACGGUGCUGUUCAACGACACCAUCGCCAACAACAUCCGCUACGGCCGCACGGCCGCCCCCGACGGGGAGGUCCAGGCCGCCGCCCGGGCCGCCGGCAUCCACGACGCCAUCCUGGCCUUCCCCGACGGCUACGAGACCCAAGUGGGCGAGCGGGGGUUGAAGCUGAGCGGCGGGGAGAAGCAGCGAGUGGCUAUCGCCCGGACCAUCCUCAAAGCCCCGGACAUCAUCCUGCUGGAUGAGGCGACGUCGGCGCUGGACACGUCCACGGAGCGAGCCAUCCAGGCCUCCCUGGCAGCCGUCUGCGCCCAGCGGACCACCAUCGUGGUGGCCCACCGGCUGUCCACCGUGGUCCACGCCGACCAGAUCCUGGUGCUCGACGAGGGCCGCAUCGUGGAGCGCGGCCGGCACCAGGCUCUGCUGGCGCGGGGAGGCGUCUACGCCGACAUGUGGCGGCUUCAACAGCGGGCGCAGGGCGAGGCCCAGGACGGCCGGUGACGGACGCCGGGGCGCUUCCCCCAGCCCCCCCGGACGGCGGGACGGCGUUGGGGGGCGGUGAGCGGAAUAAAGGUCCUUGAAGCGAGGCGCGGGGCCUGCUUAGUACACUGCUCGGCGGCACACGGUGAGCGCUCAAUAAGUAGCACCGACUGACCGG